UCAACAGACACAGACAAGCGUCUCUUCUCUUUGUAAUGGAAAUUACUAUAACAAAGCUCUUUCACUUUGUCCUCUACGGGGAAACUUUCUUGGAUAGGUCCGCCAACAAAUUGCUAUAAAAAAUUUCAAUAGCACUCACUCUGUUCCAAACUUUCCAUAGCGAGACUAGUGAAAGCAAUGGCUACUUUCUCUUGUCCAAUCUCCUUUCCAUUCAGAUGUUCUUCUAACGGUAAUCAUAACCAUAGAGAUCAUAGAGUCGAUAUCAAAAUUAAUGGGAGCACUUCUACUAGGCCCAUUAAGCUUGACCCAUUGAAUGAAAUUGCUGGAGUUGUAAAAGCUUCCACUUCACUUGCUACUGUCCAUGAAAACGGGCGCAUAAGCGAAGAGCAGAUUCGGCAGAGAAUUCCAACGCAGAAGCAGCUGGUUGACCCUUACCGUCAAGGGCUCAUCAUUGAAAGGGGAGUUGGCUAUAGACAGACGGUUGUCGUCCGCUCUUAUGAAGUUGGCCCUGAUAAAACUGCUACCCUGGAAAGCCUCCUUAAUCUUUUCCAGGAAACAGCAUUAAAUCAUGUAUGGAUGUCUGGACUUCUAAGCAAUGGAUUUGGAGCCACACAUGGAAUGAUGAGGAACAAUCUCAUAUGGGUGGUCUCAAGAAUGCACGUGCAAGUUGAUCACUAUCCCAUAUGGGGAGAGGUAGUCGAAAUCGACACAUGGGUUGGGGCAUCAGGGAAGAAUGGGAUGAGGCGAGACUGGCUAAUCCGGAGUCAAGCCACAGGCAUCACUUAUGCACGUGCAACUAGUACUUGGGUAAUGAUGAACGAGCAAACAAGACGACUCUCAAAGAUGCCGGAGCAAGUGAGAGAUGAAAUUUCUCCUUGGUUUAUAGGGAAGCAUGCAAUCAAAGAAGAUGUUCCCGAGAAAAUUGUCAAGUUGGAUGAUAAAGCAAAAUAUGUAAACUCUGACUUGAAGCCAAAGAGGAGUGAUUUGGACAUGAACCACCAUGUAAAUAAUGUCAAGUAUGUAAGAUGGAUGCUUGAGACAAUCCCCGACAAAUUUUUGGAGUCUUAUCUGCUAUCUAGUAUUAUACUGGAAUAUAGAAGGGAAUGCGGGAGUUCAGAUCUAGUUCAAUCACUUUGCCAACCAGAUGAAGAUGGGAUUUUUACAAAUGGAGUGGAACAAAAUCUACUUAAAAACAUGGUUUUGGCAUCUGGAAUCAUGGGAGGAAAUGGACACCUGGGCUCCCUGGAUAUGAAGACAUACGGAUAUACUCAUCUCCUCCAAAUCAAAGGGGAGAGUCAAAAUGAAGAGAUAGUCAGAGGAAGGACCAGAUGGAAGAAAAAGCUUUCUACAAUCCCAUAUUCCACUUACUAACAAUUAUUUGAUAGGCACGAGGGAUUUAGCAAGCUGAUCUUCUUUGAACAUCAUUGAGAAAAACCUGAAAAUAAUAU